AAACACCAGGCAAAAAACCCCUAAAAAAAACACCACACCAGCCGAUUAGGGUUUCCGAGAUCUGCAAUCAUGGCUGACGUGGAGACGACGAUGGAGAUGGCGGCGGAGACGGCGGCGGGGAAGAAGAACAGGACGUUCAAGAAGUUCAGCUUCCGCGGCGUGGAUCUGGACGCCCUCCUCGACAUGUCCACCGACGACCUCGUCGGGCUCUUCACCGCCCGGGCCCGGAGGAGGUUCAACCGCGGGCUGACGAGGAAGCCCAUGGCGCUGAUCAAGAAGCUGAGGAAGGCCAAGAGGGAGGCUCCCGCCGGCGAGAAGCCGCAGCCCGUGAGGACACACCUCAGGGACAUGAUCAUCGUCCCGGAGAUGAUCGGGAGCGUGAUCGCCGUCUACAAUGGCAAGACGUUCAUCCAGAUGGAGAUCAAGCCGGAGAUGAUCGGUCACUACUUGGCCGAGUUUUCUAUCUCUUAUAAGCCUGUGAAGCACGGGAGGCCCGGAAUCAGUGCGACUCGAUCUUCCAGGUUCAUCCCUCUCAAGUGA